AUGGCUAUUAAGAUAAGAAACAUCGAACGCCUCAAAACCAUGACUCUGUUGGAACUUGCGCCAUUCGCCUGGCUGCUUGUUGCUACACUUGCCUCGGUUCGUGGAGGAGCCGCCGUCCAGGUCGCGCCUGUAUUACCAUUAACGAUUAGCCUUCGUCACUCACCAAACGGCGAUCCACUCCACGUCCAGCGGAUGGAGCCGUUUUGGGCAAGUACCGGUUUGUGUCCACCGGAGCCCCGCAAUAACACUGCAACAUUUCUGCUGUCGCGGGAUUCACUACUGAACCUGCAACUGAUUGGAUCAUUGACGGAUCGUGCCAUCAGCCACGUGCGAAUCCAUUGGUUGUUGGAGCUAAUACGGGUGUCAGGACAAGGGACAAACUGGCCUUUUACGUAUGAUUUUAUGGCGCUGGAUAAACUUUUGGAUCAUCUCUACGGUGUUGGCCUCUAUCCUGGUUUCGAGCUGAUGGGUGUUCCGCAGGGUGACCUAGGAUUGCAACCGUACAGUUCCCAAUUCUGGUCGGAUCUAGUGCAACAGUUGGUUUUGAGAUACACAACUCGUUAUGGCCUGCAGUACGUUAUUCGCUGGAGAUUCGAAUCGUGGAACGAGCCGGAUUUGCGAGGUUACAAUUUGCUUAAUUUCACCGUCUCCGAUUAUUUAAUGUACAUUCAAUCGAUUCGCACUGGAUUGGACGAGGCUCGCCUGGUGCUAGGAACAUCCACACCCUUUUCACUGAACGGCCCAGCCGGAUUGUUCAAGGAACAGAAGCAUCAUUUGUUAUGUUGGGCCGCGCUUGAGCUAUGCGCUGUACGUAAAUGCCCUUUCGACACGAUUACCUUCCACCGGAAGGGCAGUGGUCGAUGGGCAUCGGAGGUGCUGUCCUCAUCGCGACAACUGCUGGAUGACUUAUUUGCUCGCUAUCCAACCGUUCGCGGAAUGGCUUUCGCAAACGAUGAAGCGGAUCCCGUAGCAAGUUGGUCAACCCCACGAUCCUUCCAAGCGGACGUACGCUACGCGGCAAUGUUGUUCUCCAUCGUACUCCAGCACUGGUCGGCUAUGGCCCGUAAUACAACUACGUUUGGGAAUUUCCGCUUCUUAUCGCACGAUAACGCUUUCCUCAGCUACCACCCGUACGAGUUUGAGCAGCGAACCUUGUUGGCGCGGUUUCAAAUGAAUGAAACGGCUCCACCGCACGUCCAGUUUAUCGUCAAACCAGUAUUUUCGGCUCUUGGUAUGCUGGCCCAGCUAGGAUCGUACGCGACCCGUACGCACUUUGGCAAGGCCAACGUGUCCUACAUUGUUUCGUUCGAAAAGGACAAAAGUUAUCUUUCCGUUUUGGCAUCCCGCUCAAACGAUAGUUCGCCCAUAACGUGGAGAAGACAUUCUCGGUUAACUGUGGUUAUUCCGUUGACCAUGCUGAAGAACAGCGCAAGCCGCAAAAGCUACCUAGUCGAAGGUUUGCAGGAUGGGCGGACGGAUCCGUUCAAGCUUUGGAGCGCGCAGGGCAGACCACCUUAUCCAUCGGCCGAUCAGCUUGUUGCUUUGCGCUCGGUUCAGCUGCCGGCGGUGUUAAACGGUGGCCCGCAAGUUGUGGCGCAAAACGUUACCGAGGUGCGGCUGUCACUGUUCCUUCGCGCUCCGUGGAUCUUGGCAGUGCGUAUUUGUAGCGAUAUGCGUCCCCCGCCCGGAAUGGUACGCCAUGUACGAGUGCAACAGGUAUUCAAGAAAGAAGUGAUCAUAUUUUGGAAACCGCCUAAAAUGGGUGACUCAAGGUGCAUCGUGACAUACGAAGUGUGGUACAAACCGGCAGUCCGACACGCACGGCGAAAAAGGUCGAAAACAACCAGUUACGGUUGGAAACCUAUAAAUGCGGAUCAACAUACGCCGUUCGCUUUCCUCCAGCACCGUGCUCAACACUCUUCCGGAGGAUAUUACAAAGUGCGUGCCAUCGAUAUGUUCAACCGAAAGGGACAAUUUUCUGCUGCCUUUUUCCAUGUUGCUAAGACACACGUGUCGUAA